AUGGUUCAGCGCAUUCACCGAGAAGCCAACUUACAGGCCUUCAUUAAUGCUGUGGAGAAGGAUGGCUGUGUCAUCAUCGAAGGCUUUACCACCCUCGAGGCGCUUGCCGACGCGCAGGAAGAAGUGCAACCCUACCUUGAUGCUUCCAUUUCGGCUAGCGGAAGCACGGUUGGGGCUUUGAACGGAGGCACUGCGACAUGCACGCGCCUAAUCGGCAGAAGCAAGACGGCUCGUGAGAAGUUUUUCUCUGACCCCUUGUACCAGGAACUCGCGGAGCACUUUAUUGGUGUCGAGUCCACGACUUGGUAUGGAGAUGAGCCACAAGUUAACAAGUCUCACCCUCUCCUCUCCAUCUCAAUUACAAUGGACUCCCGGCCCGGGUGCAAAGCUCAGCGUCUACAUCGAGACGACAAGAAUCACCACGCGAGACACGCAAAGACCGAUAAGUACUCCCAAGGCCGAGACAUGUUAAUAGGGCUAUUUGUACCAGGCUGCGACACAUCCAAGGUGAAUGGUGCAACAAGAAUUGUGCCUGGAUCGCACCUUUGGGGUGACGAAAAGCCUGAUUUUGGCCCCAAUGGUGAUGCAGGUGUCAUCGAUGCCGAGUUGAAGAGAACGGAUGCCUUUAUUAUGCUCGGGAGUCUCUAUCACGGCGCUGGGCACUAUUCGCUGCCGUCUGGGAACCGCACCGUACAUAUAUUCUUUAUGUGUAGUGGCGUACAUCGUCAAGAGGAAAUUCCCUUCCUUAGCUAUCCUAUAGAAGAAGUAAAGACUUACUCACAAUUGGUGCGUGAUAGGUUAGGCUGGAAGCAAUCCGAACCAAAUCUUGGAUGGGUCGAUUUGAUGUCUCCUGAGUACUUAUUAGCAUAA